AUGUCAGGAAUAGAUCAUCAAGACGCGCCCCUUGAUUUGAGUUGCAACGGGUCAUCCAAAUUGGGAACUCGUUGCCUAACACAGUCUAUCAGGUGUCCCCGAAAACUACCCUGUCCGACUUGUGGAAAGCAUUUCGAUCGUCCAUCGCUUUUGAAACGUCAUCUUCGUACGCACACAGGUGAAAAGCCACACGGUUGUUCAGUUUGCGGUAAAAAAUUUAGUACAAGUAGUUCCUUGAACACACAUGCCAGAAUUCACACCGGAGAACGACCGCACGAGUGUCCAAUUUGUGGGAAACGGUUUACUGCCUCCUCGAAUUUGUAUUAUCAUCGAAUGACUCAUUACAAGGAAAAGCCUCAUAAGUGCAAUGAAUGUGGGCGCUCCUUCCCAACACCCGGAGAUUUAAGAGCUCAUGGAUAUUCGCAUACUGGCGAUUGGCCGCUUCGGUGUCCAAUUUGUGCUAGAGGAUUUUGCAAACCAGCUGCACUUCACCAUCAUGUACAGCUCCACAGUGGGGGCAGACCCUAUUACUGCAAAUUGUGCAACAAGAAAUUUUCCGUAACAAGUAACUUACGUGCUCACGAACAAACGCAUUAUUCGGAAACUGUUACUAUCAUUUCUCCGACGCACGAAAAUAAUUCACGAAACGAAAAUGCUUCUAUUAAUAAUUUGACAAACGGAACAAGAGGUCAACAGGCGCAACAAAUUUCCAACCCAAUUAUUCCAUGGAAUCCGUGGCUUCCGUUACAUUAUUUAAAGUAAACCAAACGCGACAUAAAUGCCCUGAAGAUGUAGUCAGUAUCAAAAACAAGUAGGUUACAAGAUUUUUACAAGUUUAUUAAGACUUAGUUGUACAUACAGUGAGAUCAGAGAUUAUUGGGUCUUUUUCUUUGAUUGUAUCGUUGUUUUCGCCGUCUUCGGUAGUAUCCAUUUCUUCUGUUUCUGUUCCAUUUUUUUGUUCUUCAGCUGUAGUC